AUGGUGGGACCGAGUAGACCGCAAUUCGUUCUCUUUGGAUCGUCCAUUGUCCAACUCUGCUUCAGUCAUGGCGGUUGGGGUUCCAUUCUCUCCGAUAUCUACUCUCGCAAAGCAGACAUAUUGUUGCGAGGGUACUACGGAUGGAACUCGCGGCGUGCUAUCCAGGUUCUCGAUCAAGUUUUUCCAAAGGAUGCUCCUGUACAACCAUCUUUGGUGAUAGUCUAUUUUGGUGGUAAUGAUUCAAUGGGGCCUCACUCCUCUGGCUUAGGCCCUCAUGUACCACUUAAUGAAUACAUCGAGAACAUGAGAAAGAUUGCAAUUCAUCUCAAGAGCCUUUCAGAUACAACCCGUAUCAUUUUUAUGAGUUGUCCUCCUGUUGAUGAGGCCAGAGUUAAUUCGGGCACCAGUGGAAUUUUCAGUGAACUAGUGCGAACAAACGAGUUGUGCCAAAAAUAUUCCAAUGGUUGUGUAAAGCUAUGCCAGGAAUUGGGAGUGAAGGUUGUUGAUCUUUUCUCUGCCUUUCAAAAAAGAGAUGGUUGGGCCAAAGCUUGCUUUACAGAUGGCAUUCAUUUAUCUGCUGAAGGGAGCAAAAUAGUUGUGGAGGAGAUUCUGAAGGUGCUGAAGGAAGCUGAGUGGGCUCCAUCUCUUCAUUGGAAGUCCAUGCCCACUGAAUUUUCAGAGGAUUCACCUUAUGAUCUUGUUGCUGCUGAUGGGAAACGAACUCUAAAUCCCUCUGAGUGGACAUUUCACAGGGAGGUUCAGUGGGACUAG